AUGUCUUAUGCUUUGAUGCGCCAUUUGCGCCGAACGACAUUUUUAAGGCACCAAUUUCGCGUCGAAAGUACAAUGACGAACUUAACUCAGGAGGACUUCGUAUUUCGGCCUCCAAUUGCUCAGUGGAGCAAAGUCAUCAGAGAAGCAGAGAAGAUAGUGGGAUAUCCAACCUCUUUUAUGAACUUGAGAUGGUUAUUAAGCGACGAAUUUGCCAAUAUCGCUAUGCAUUUAAGAAAACUUGUUGGUAGUAACCAUCCAAUCUUGAAAACAGCAAAGACCGUCCUAUACAACGAACAUAACAACCUACAACCGUGGGGACUCAUCAUUUUACUCAUAUCCAAAGCCACUAAUGGACCAAUGUCAAUGCUACAUGCAAAUAUGGUCAAUGAACAACAGCGAAUACUGGCAGAGUUAACUGAAAUGAUUAGAACCGGACAUUACAUACACAGAGGAUUAUUAAAUGUACCUUUAGAACAACGAAACAAAAAUACAGAUACUGCUAUGUUCGCGAAUAAAGUUGCUAUUUUGAUAGGUGAUUAUUUACUCGUAACUGCGAACGGGAUGUUAGCAAAAUUGAAGAAUCAAGAUUUGUCAUAUUUAAUAUCAACAGCAUUAAGAGACAUGAGCGAAGGGGAAUUUUUUGGGGACCGAGAUAAUCAGAACAUGCCAUUACCUGGUGUGCCACAUAAUAAAAGCGUAGAAGAUUUUAAAAUAAGCAGUGAUACAUUACCAUUGGAUGUUAGUGAUUGCUUAGGUACUCCAGUAAGAGAAUGGUGUUUACGGACUAUGUAUAAUGGUGGAUCAUUAUUUGGACGUGGUUGUCAAGGUGCUUUAAUACUUGGUGGGUAUGACAAGAGGCAGGAAGACCAAGAAAUAGCAUACCAGUUCGGCUGCCAUUUGUGCUUAGCGUGGCAAGCUGCAAGCGAAUUACAGAAGUUUACGUCAGGCAAUAAAGAAACUUACUCAUUAGUAAGUGCUCCUGUGUUAUUUGCAAUAAAUGAUAAUCCAGAGCUAUAUAAAACAGUUGAAAAGGUUAAAAACAACAUAACAGAUAUAGAUUUAGAAGAUUUCAGGAUGGAUAUAUUAAAAACUGACGCAGUGGAAAGAACUAGAAUGCUGUACGAACACCAUGCGUCUAAAGCAAGAGACUACAUUGAAAUGUUUGGAACUAGUGAGCCAGUACUUACUAUUAAACGAUUAAUUAAAUCGUUAUAAUCUUAAGUACUGAUUAUAGUUCAAUAUUUAAGGGCAAUUUACCUAAGACUACUUAACAAAGAAUGUGGUGUAAAGAAGGCAUAGGUCAUAACUAUUGGAUAUAAAAACUGUCGAAACUAGGAAAAUCUUCAGAUCAGUUAAGGGGUGAAGGGAUGAGGGGCUCUAUAGACCUGAAUAAAGCCAAGUAAUCAAAAUGUGGUGUAAAGAAUAACAGAUGGUAUUCUAAACUAACAAUGCAUAAAAUGCCAAACUUCAAAUUGAAAGUAUACAUAGAGAUAGUUGUACAUUGGGCAUCUCUCUCCAAGAUCAAUUUAGGUACACAGAAAUCAUUAGACAUUAGGACAGCAAAAGCGGAAAUGGACAGGCCAUAUGUGCUGUAGACAAGACCACAUAUGAGAUAGAAUGGGGCUUGUGUGGAGACUCAGAGAAGGGUGCAGAAACGUAGGCUGGCAACCGACGACGCGUUGCGUCGCUAAACUUUGUUAAAGUGGUGGGGAAAAAAUUGGAUGAGGAAGGCACAAGACCAGACCAGAAGAAAAGAAAUGACGUGCUUGUGAAGAGACCUACACUCAACAUUGGGUGGAUAGAAGUUGAAAAAAAGAAGAUGAAAUUACUGGCACAUGGGACUUGUCAACUUAUGUCGCAGGGUAACGGGCGCAGUGGC